UCGGCCGCGCGGGGCGGCGGCUCCGGAGCGAAGGGACUCGAGGAAACGGAAGCGGCGGCUGCGAUCGCCGCCCCCCAGUCCGGGCCAUCCGCGGCGGCCGGGCCCGCGGGCAGAGCCACCCCGCCGGGAGCCGCCUCCGCCGCGCUUGCCUGUGUAAAGUGCUAGACUGACACUCCUGGAUGCUGGAGCCUUCUCUGUCCCUAGAUCAGAAACAUGCAACAUGGCAGCAGCCAUGGAAACUGAACAGCUGGGUCUUGAAAUCUUUGGAACGGCUGAGAGCGAGGAGCAUGCUGAGGUCGAGGAGCAGCCAAAACCGGAACCCUUCUAUGUAGAGAGAUAUUCCUGGAGUCAGCUUAAAAAACUGCUCACAGACACUAGGAAAUACCAUGGCUACAUGGUGGCCAAGGCUCCUCAUGAUUUCAUGUUUGUGAAGAAAAAUGACCCCGAAGGACCCCAUUCAGAUAGGAUCUACUAUUUGGCCAUGUCUGGCGAGAACAGGGAGAACACGCUGUUCUAUUCGGAAAUUCCCAAAACCAUAAACAAAGCUGAAGUCCUAAUGCUUUCCUGGAAACCCCUUUUGGAUCUCUUUCAGGCUUCCCUAGACUACGGGAUGUACUCCCGCGAAGAAGAAUUACUGCGAGAGAGAAAGCGCAUUGGGACAGUCGGAAUUGCCUCUUACGAUUAUCACAGAGAAAGCGGCACCUUUCUGUUUCAGGCUGGCAGUGGAAUUUACCACGUAAAAGACGGCGGCCCUCAUGGGUUUACUCAACAGCCCUUAAGACCCAAUUUAGUGGAGACCAGUUGUCCAAACAUACGGAUGGAUCCAAAACUGUGCCCAGCUGAUCCAAACUGGAUUGCAUUUAUCCAUAGCAAUGACAUCUGGAUAUCUAAUAUACUAACCAGAGAAGAAAGGAGGCUAACCUUUGUCCAUAACGAAUUGGCCAACCUAGAAGAGGAUCCCAGAUCUGCUGGGGUAGCUACUUUUGUGCUUCAGGAGGAAUUUGAUAGAUAUACUGGCUACUGGUGGUGUCCGAAUGCUGAGCCAACUGUCACCGGAGGCAAAAUUCUUAGGAUUCUUUAUGAAGAAAAUGAUGAGUCAGAGGUGGAAAUUAUUCACGUCACAUCGCCCAUGCUGGAGACUAGGAGGACGGAUUCCUUUAGAUAUCCCAAAACAGGCACAGCAAAUCCAAAGGUCACUUUCAAGAUGUCUGAAAUAACAGUUGAUGCUGAAGGAAGAAUUGCAGCUGUCUUGGAUAAAGAACUAGUGCAGCCAUUCGAGAUCCUGUUUGAAGGAGUCGAGUAUAUUGCGAGAGCUGGAUGGACUCCAGAAGGAAAAUAUGCCUGGUCCAUCUUGCUGGAUCGCUCCCAAACACGGCUACAGAUAGUGUUGAUCUCCCCUGCAUUAUUUAUCGCAGUAGAAGAUGACGCUAUGGAAAGACAGAAACUAAUAGACGCUGUGCCUGACUCUGUUACGCCACUUAUUAUUUAUGAAGAAACAACAGACAUCUGGAUAAAUAUCCAUGAUAUCUUCCAUGUUUUCCCUCAAACCCGCCAAGAUGAGAUAGAGUUUAUUUUCGCCUCUGAAUGUCAAACGGGGUUCCGGCACCUGUACAAAAUCACCUCGGUUUUGAAGGAGAGCAGAUACAAGCGAUCAUGUGGCGGUCUCCCUGCUCCAAGUGACUUCAAGUGUCCCAUCAAAGAGGAAUUAGCAAUUACCAGUGGAGAAUGGGAAGUGCUUGGUAGACAUGGUUCCAAUAUCCGCGUGGAUGAAGCAAAGAAACUGGUGUAUUUUGAAGGCACAAAGGAUUCCCCUUUAGAGCAUCACCUGUACGUCGUUAGCUACGAGAAUCCCGGAGUGGUGAAGCGACUGACGGACCGUAGUUUCUCUCACGCCUGCUCCGUUAGUCAGGACUGUGACAUGUUCAUCAGUAAAUUCAGUAACCAGAAGAACCCGCACUGUGUGUCACUGUACAGGCUGACUGCUUCUGAAGAUGAUGUUGCUCACAGAACGAAGGAAUUCUGGGCCACGAUUCUAGAUUCGGCAGGUCCUUUUCCCGACUAUGUUCCCCCAGAAAUCUUCUCCUUUGAGAGUUCCUCAGGCUUUACGCUGUAUGGCAUGAUGUACAAACCUCACCACCUGCAACCUGGGAAGAAAUACCCCACUGUCCUCUUCAUAUACGGAGGGCCUCAGGUUCAGCUGGUGAACAAUCGGUUUAAAGGAGUCAAGUAUUUUCGCUUGAACACGCUGGCCUCACUGGGUUACGUAGUUGUUGUAAUUGACAACAGGGGGUCCUGCCACCGAGGGCUUAAGUUUGAAGGUGCCUUUAAAUACAAAAUGGGUCAAAUAGAAAUUGACGACCAAGUGGAAGGGCUGCAGUAUUUAGCAUCCCAGUAUGACUUCAUUGAUUUAGACCGAGUUGGCAUUCAUGGCUGGUCCUAUGGAGGAUACCUGUCUCUGAUGGCAUUAAUGCAGAGGUCAGACCUCUUCAGGGUUGCCAUUGCUGGAGCACCAGUCACACUAUGGCUAUUCUAUGACACAGGCUACACAGAGCGUUACAUGGGACACCCUGAUCACAACGAGCAGGGAUAUUAUCUAGGAUCAGUGGCCAUGCAAGCGGAGAAGUUUCCUUCAGAACCGCACCGUCUGUUGCUGCUGCAUGGUUUCUUGGACGAGAAUGUUCACUUUGCACACACAAGUAUAUUGCUGAGUUUUUUAGUGAGGGCUGGAAAACCAUAUGAUUUACAGAUUUACCCUCAGGAAAGACACAGCAUAAGGGUCCCCGAGUCUGGAGAGCAUUAUGAACUCCAUCUACUGCAUUAUCUGCAAGAGAAUCUUGGCUCUCACAUUGCUGCACUGAAGGCAAUGUAAUUGUGACCUCUGUGGAACUCUGAUACACUGGCUGCUUAACCAAAUGAGGAAAUUGAUCUUUAGAGAAAAUCGAACAGAAUGUUGCAUUUUGGUGCCUGCCACAUCUGCACACACGCACACACAGACACUUUUUUUUUUUUUUUUUUUUUAAGUAAACUAGGUGCCAUACAAGGACACUACAGUACAAUGACCUAAUAAUUUUUAAAAUGGAAAUAAAAUCAAAUGUCUGUGGCACGCAGCAGUACCAUGCAAAUUCUUUUGGAAGAAGCUGAAAAUUCAGUAACACAUAUCCACCACACCAUAUCUUCACCAUUUGAAAACAUUGAGCUGUGCAAGUCUAAUUGGUGUAUUUUUUUACAGUGUGUUUCUCAGUUUCUUACAACAAGGUAAUAUUGGAUGAUUCGCUCGCGUCAUGGCAAAAAUCUGUCUGGAUGGUUACAACUUGGAUAGCAUUUAAAAAUGUAAUGUGUAAUAGUUUAUGCUUCGUGCAAGGGAUGUCUGGCUCAUUAGGAAUUAGCUGCAUAUUAGACACAUUAUAUAACCAGAUGUUGGAGAUAAUUGUUUUAAAAAAGAAACACUUUUAGCUGCCUCCUGAAGUUUAUAAUUUGGUUUUAACUAAGAUCAGGCCAGUUUUUUCAGUGAGCUCAUCUCUGUGCAGUACAAAUCUUGCUGCUUUUUUCUUUUGUAGUGUGAUAAACAGUUUGCACCUGAUUUCACACAGGAAGGUGGAAAAUGUAUUUUACAAUAACAUGGGCAGAAGAGUUAGCCUUGUAUGCUGAGAAGCAAACUAGUUUUAAGCCAAACAGCUGAAACUUUGUAUAUUUCUCAUAUUUUAAAAAUACAACCUAUUCCCAUGGACUUUCACCCUAUGUGCAUUUUGAGGCUGUUUUCAAAAUACUUUCCUAUCUCAGCAGGUGGGUGUAUAAAUAUUCCCCCACUAAGAUUUUAAAAUUCCAACACCCAAGUGCAAGUGUCCACUGGGGAGUUGGUAAGAUGGGGGGCCUAUCAACACUACAUUGAAGCAAUGCAAAUUGUGUUUUACUAAUUUUUUUGUUGUCCUUAGUCUAGCAUUAUUCUCAGAUCAGUGUUGAGAAAGUUUAUUGUCCUAGUCACCCUGCUCCCCUAUAUAUACAUAUACAUACACAGACUCCAUCACCCUUGAGUCGUCUCUAGCACUGCGGUGUAGCAUGGUCCUAUGCUGUCCUCCGAGAGAAACCCUUGUCUGUGUUGCUUAAGGUAAUGCUGCUAGAAGCUAGCACCCUGCAAUAUUAAAAUCACAUUCAAGCACGAUUUUCUUUGCUAGUGUGGUUUUAACUGUGAUAUGGACUUGGCUGAAAAACGUGACGUGUUUGAAAAUACUUCUAACUUUCAAAAUGUUAUUUAAAAUAGAACUCCAUAGUCAAAUUAUUACUUUUAAACCAGAAAACUCUGCCUGGGGUUUCUGUGUUAGCGUCCCAUCAUUUUUAGGUACUUUCUUUUAAAAAACCAAGAACUUUUUCCCUUCUAUUUUGAUGCUACAGAGGGAGAAGCAGAGCAAGGUUCUCUUUUCAGCUUUUGAAAUCUGGAUGCCCUGUGGCUUGUGUUCCUACUUGAAAUACCCCAAAUAUUGUAGCAAUGUGCUUUAAUAACUUUUGUAGGUAUAUGAAUGAUCAGCAGACCCUAGAACUCUAACAUUUAAAACAAUCGGCCCUGACCUUGGUGUUCGUGACACUAGAAUUAAUUGGGAAUAACUCCACUGGAAUCAGUGGAAUCACCUGGAUAUAAGAGCUGUGUAAGAGACAGCAGAAUGUGGUUCAUUGGCUUAUGCUAAAGGUAGUCAAAAUAAACACACUUCCUGUAAGCAUACACCUUCCCCCUCCCCCCCACGCCCCGUACAAUUAUUCUGAAUUGGACUGAUGAUAUUUAAAGUCCUGUAAUUUACACCAUCAGCAUAUGGAAAAUAGGUUUAUAGGUUUUUAUUUUGGGGAACUGGGGGAAUGUAAGGAGCCCAAUACCCACACUGUCUUCUCUGUACCAACAAUAGCUAAUUAUUGUAACUGAAGUGAAUUCCCUUCAGAAAAAGCAGGCGUUUUCAGCCAUCCUAUGGCAUGUGCUGUAGUUAGUAUUUACAGACAAGCUGGUACAUUGAUAAGCUUGAAGAAUAACAAUGUGCCAGUUAGUAUAAAAAAUACAAAUUUGUUAUUAUGGUAUCCCACCUGGUUCUUUACGUAUUUAUGCUGUAGUGUAUAUUUACAUGUAUGUAUGGGCAUGUCUACACAGCAAAAGAAACACUUGCUGCCCUGGGUUAACAGCCCAGCUGAACUGACUCAGGUUUGUACUGCAGGCUAACAAUAGCAGUGCGGACAUUCAGGCUUUGGACUCUGGGACUCGCACCGCAGGUUCUUUUGUUGCUAUGUAGAUGUCCCCUGCAUCGGUCCGUAUAUACGUAUAUGUAUAAAAUAACACGUGUAUGGUAUCCCAUUUUCCAAGGUUGUUUAUAUUUUGUUCAAUGUUAAAUUAACUGGCGUUUGGGGGUGUAUUUUUGUUCCUCCUCCAGAGAUUCUCUCUUGAAUAUAAAUGUAUAUGAUUCUGAAGUAAAAGUCGAUUCUUUUGUACAAAACGACCUCUAUGGAACAGUGCUUACAGCAAAGGAGGCAUUAAAUGCGAUUCUGGUAAUCAAAUCUAGAUUUUGGUUUAGCACUGAACAUAUCAUUGCUUACAUGUAACUUUUUAAUAAUGCAUUCGCUCUUUAUUUUAAAUAUAGCUUAUAUAUAUAUCAGAAAACUAUUAAAGAACCAAGUAUGUACUCUGUUUUGCAACAUAAAUUAUGUUUUCCUUUUCUACAAAAAUAAUUUCCUUUACAGCUCUCAGGCACUUUAAAACUCCAUGUUUUCUUUCCUUGUGGAAAUGCUGGAAGGAUUUACUAUCAGUAUUUCAGAGUUCUGUACAAAGGGUGCUUGCCACAUGUAACGGUAAUGAAAGAUAUAUCCCAUAGGGUCUGAUCCAGCCCCCAUUGAAGUUAAUGACCAAAUUCCUGUUGAUUUAAAGGGGCACGAUCAAGUCCACAGGGAAUGAGCACUGCCUUGUGAAAUACCAAGUGUGAGGCCAUCAGUAACUCUUAAAAUUGGAAAUGCUGCUCACUAGAUAAGAAUAUUAUAUCCUGCUUGGUCUCGGUGGGACAAGCCACAGCUAAGUUCAGCAGUUCUGCACCGAUUGCCAACUGUAAGCCAGUCUUUCUAUGCUAUGGUAUCAGUCCGGAGUACUGUGUAUGAUGGCAGUGUUACUGCAGGAUCAGUCCGGAGUACUGUGUAUGAUGGCAGUGUUACUGCAGUACCCGUCCGGAGUACUGUGUAUGAUGGCAGUGUUACUGCAGUACCCGUCCGGAGUACUGUGUAUGAUGGCAGUGUUACUGCAGGAUCUGUCCGGAGUACUGUGUAUGAUGGCAGUGUUACUGCAGUACCCGUCCGGAGUACUGUGUAUGAUGGCAGUGUUACUGCAGUAUCCGUCCGGAGUACUGUGUAUGAUGGCAGUGUUACUGCAGUAUCCGUCCGGAGUACUGUGUAUGAUGGCAGUGUUACUGCAGUACCCGUCCGGAGUACUGUGUAUGAUGGCAGUGUUACUGCAGUACCCGUCCGGAGUACUGUGUAUGAUGGCAGUGUUACUGCAGUACCCGUCCGGAGUACUGUGUAUGAUGGCAGUGUUACUGCAGUACCCGUCCGGAGUACUGUGUAUGAUGGCAGUGUUACUGCAGUACCCGUCCGGAGUACUGUGUAUGAUGGCAGUGUUACUGCAGGAUCCGUCCGGAGUACUGUGUAUGAUGGCAGUGUUACUGCAGGAUCCGUCCGGAGUACUGUGUAUGAUGGCAGUGUUACUGCAGGAUCCGUCCGGAGUACUGUGUAUGAUGGCAGUGUUACUGCAGCAUUUUGGAUCCUUGGAAUUGCCUAAAUCCAAGUCCAAAAUCUCUGGAUUGGGGAGAUGGCAUUUUCACCCAAGAGGAGUUGCCCAUGAUAUUUUACAUUUGGAUUUAUUUUAAAUUGUUUUUGUUUGUGGACUUACUUCAAAAAUAUUCCAGGGAGGAGACAUCACCACCUUGCUCCACGAAAUAAAUCCCUACAUGGGGAUAAGAAAACGCCCGACUGGCCCAGGUCAGCUGACUCACGCUCAUGGGGCUUGGGCUCCGUGACUGAAAAAUUGCUGUGUAGAUGUCGAGGGUCCCAGAGCUUGCGCUCCAGCCUGAGCCCAAACGUCGACGGAGAUUUUUAGCACUGCGAGCCUGACCCAAAUGAGCCCCCAGUUUUUGAUCCCUGUGUAGAUCUACCUCCUGAGUUCAGCGGGGUUACUCCCAGCAAUAACCACUACACCUAGUGGUAUAUGAUAGCAAGAGUGGGCCCUAAGUGUUGAAUGUAAAUCUCUUUCCUACGGUUGCAGGUAUCUUUGCAUCUUACCACCCAAUCCUGUGACUAAUGAAAUUACACAUUUAACUGUUGCUGAAAAACAAUAGAGCAUUUAUGAAAGGCUGGGAUUUGAAGACUGAGGGACUAGUUGUGUUGAAUAGGGAUGCCAGGAAACAGAUCUUUUCUGUCUGUUUUCAUUGUUUGGAAUAGUGUUCGGUUUGCUUCAGUGGGGACAGAUUCUAUGGUGUGAUGUUUUGAAGUGCUUUCCAUUACUUAAGGAAAUCUUCCUUUUAAUAAAGAAUAGGGCGGAAGGCAGGGAACAUUUUAGAUUGGGGCAAGUAAUCUGCAUUUUUUCCACAUUUCCAAAUAUAUCAUUUGUAUUAAUAUUACUCAUUACCUAGAAUGACUUCAUUUUUAUAAACUCCGUUUACUAUCCAAUGUUAAUUAAACAAUUCCGAUCAGCAUGUGAAGCUUUGAAAAUAAAUUACCUUAAUUAUACUAAAAUGGAAAAUGUAUUCCCUGCUAAUGGGGGCAUUUGGGAAUAGUGUUAGCAAAGACUUUCCGGAUGGGCUUGACAUGUUGAAGGUUUAACUCUUUAGAACUGUGUAUGUGUGGUGUGUUGCAUCUAGCAAAGAAUCCAGCUGUGACGUUAACUGACAAAAUAGGGUCCUGAGACUUAACCUGUCAGAGUAAAACAAUUGAUUGUGUUUCUUGCUGAUCCGUGUGUUCCAUGUGGAGAGCAGUAUGUUUUGCUGCUAGCAUGACACUGAAUAUUGAGACGGCAAUAACAAGGUGGGGGAAAAUCAGCCAGAUUAGAAUACUGCCUUGAAUUGCCUGUUUACUUGAGUUACCAGACCCCUGUCAAUACAAGUACUGUAUCCUCUGGGGUGCUUUGGGCUGCCUUCUGAAAGGACAGGUCUUUUUGUGGUUUUUACUUUGAUGUUCUGCACAGUAGAAGUUCAGGUGUUUAAUUUUAGAACAUGAAGUGCCUGCUGUUUAAGUGUUGACUUGUAUUAACAAAAUUGCAUGUCUCACACCCAGUAGGUUUAUGGGUUUCCCUCCAUUUCUAGCUACAUGGCUUUUAAUCAUGUCAAGUGGAAACAUUAGUUUUGCCACGUUUUAUUACAAAUCCUUUUUGUUGCAAUAAAAAUGCUGCUAAAUAAAUUGAACUAAAUGUU